UUCAAGCACCGCGUCUUACUGGACACGUGUUGUGCUCUCGACGAUUCCGCGUCCUUUUCUCUCUCUCUCGAGACACAAGUCUCUUCUGAUUCUCUCUCGACGACUCCGCCGAACCCCAUCUCUCUCGAGUGAACCGAUCUCCCCUCGACGCCUCCGUGAUCAAUCGGCGGUGAUCUCUCCCCGUCUCUCUCGAUUUUGUUGACGCCUCCGUGUCCUUUUCUCUCUCUCUCUCUCUCUCUCUCUCUCUCUCUCUCGAGACACAAGUCUCUUCUGAUUCUCUCUCGACGACUCCGCCGAACCCAUCUCUCUCGAGGAAACCGAUCUCCCCUCGACGCCUCCGUGAUCAAUCGACGGUGAUCUCAAUCGUUGAUGAAAGCGGUUCGUCUCCCGGUGUCUCGCGGUGUCGAUCUCCUUGAAUCUGUUGGCGUCUCGCGGUGUCGAUCUCCUCGAGGAUGAAAAGGCUACAUCUCUCUCUCAACGGCUCACCGCAACGAAGAAUCACUUCAAACCUCUCUCGCGGCUGGAGCUCUCCUCUUCGAAAUCAAAGAAAGGUAAAGCUAUGCAUGUGUUUGUUUCUUAGUUUAUUGUGUUCAUUCCAGCCUUAUGAUUUGUGUCUGUGUUUGUUUCUCCAGAUGGACGGAGCAAGAGACGAAGGUUCGUCAAACAAGACAACUACAAUGAAGCGUUGAUUCUCGUCUGCGAUACAGGUAAAACUUCAACACGAUUUUAUCUGUCAAAUGCAUUGAAACUUUGAUAAAAAGCUUUGGUUAUAUUCGUAGCUCGUUUAUAAUUGAGUUGAGAUGGUAUGAAAUUGAAUGGAGAUAGUAUAAACUGAAUCGAGUGUCACGAAUGGUUCUUGUCUUAGUUGUUUAAGAGUUCUAUUAUAUGAUUUUGGUUCUGGUCUGAAUUGAAUCGACUCUCCUAAAUUUUGUUUUGUUUCUGUUUGUCAUGAAUGGUCCUUUGUCUGUUUUUUAAAAACUUUGUCUCUGUUUCCUGAAUUGUUUUUUUUCUUGUGUGUUUGUCUGUUGAGUUGCAUGGAUCAAGGUGGAUGAAGAAGAAUCGGCAAAGCAGAGGAUUGCAUUUAGUGGAGCAAUACAGGUACAUUUCUUUCUCAUCUUUUAACCGUUCAUUUAAAGGUUUAUGGUUGAGUUAGGUAGUAAAUGUUUUGGUCAGUUGGAAUUGAUGUUGGUAAUUAAUAGAAGUGAGGUUGAACUGAGAAAAGGAUUGCGUGUUGUUGAGUUAGGUAGUUUUGAGUCUUGAUUUGAUUUCCAUCUUUAAAACUCUGCCAUUGUUUAAGAGUUCAAAUUUAAAACUUUGGGUGUGAAAAAGAAAUGAAUUGUCAUUAAUAAAUUACUUGCUUUGUGGUUGAUUAUGGUUGUGAGCUGGUAAUUAAUAGCAGUUAGAUAUGAGUCAAGUCAAAUUUGUUCAAUGUGAGUGUUCAAUGCGAGUGUGUUGUUUCUCUCUUCCCUCUUUAAAACUCUUUCUUUCUCUUCCAACUCCAACAGAUUCCUAUCUGUUGUUUAUUUUUUCCAUCAUUGAAACGCUUCUGUUCCAACUCCUCUUUCACUUAAGAAAUGGAUUUUCAUCCAUUUACCGAGUCUGCAAACUUUGUUGAUUUACUUAACAGUCAGCAAAGUGUUUCUUCAACGCAAGUUCCCUUCUUAGCUACUGAAGGCAUCGAAGAUUUGCACUUUGCUGAAGCCAGUCGUAAUAAAGAACGAAGAACCUGGACGCCUACAGACGAUAUUGUUCUCAUCAGCUCGUGGUUAAACAUGAGCAAAGAUGCAGUAAUAGGGAAUGAGCAAAGGUCGCUUGCAUUCUGGACAAGAAUUGAUGCGUACUACAAUGCUAGUCCUAAGGUUGCUGGCUGUGAAAAGAGAGAGGCAUCUCACUGCAAGAAUUGUUGGCAGAAGAUCAAUGACAUCGUUUGCAAGUUCUGCGAUGCAUAUGAAGCAGCUACCAGACAGAAAACAAGUGGGCAAAAUGAGAAUGAUGUCCUCAAGCUAGCACACGAAAUCUUCUUCACCAACCAUAACAAAAAGUUCACUCUAGAGCAUGCUUGGACAGAAUUGCGUAAUGACCAGAAGUGGUGCGCCUUGUCUACUGCUAAAAAAGAUGGAAGCUCCAAGAAGAGGAUGUGUGAGGAUGAUUCAGAGAUGAUGGAGCAUUCUGCUACUGAUGAUGGAGGAAAAAAGCGUCCUCAAGGUGUUAAGGCAGCAAAGAAAGGAUGCAGCAAAGAAAGGAUGUCUAAGAAGACAGUGCUUGAUGGGAAUGGCCUGUCUAAUUUUCAGACAAUGUGGGGCAUCAAGAAGCAAGAUUUAGACAUGAAAGAAAGGCUGUCCAAGAUGAAGUUAUUGGACAGUCUCAUUGCUAAACCCGAACUUCUUGCGGCUUAUGAAGAAGGUUUGAAGAAGAAACUCAUUGAUGAGUUAAUGUCUAAUUAGAGUGAAUGAAUGGAGCAUCCUUCUGUCACGGGUUGUAUUGUGCUUGUACUCUUGUCUCUUGUUUGUAUGCUAUAAUGUUUGUGCUUCUCACGGGUUGUAAUGUCACGGGUUGUAUUGUGUUUGUACUCUUGUUUCUCUGCUAUUGUACUUUUGUUAUUUUCUAUCACGGACCUAGAGUCUCGUUUGUAUGCAUGUGACUUGUAUUAUUAUUUGGUUUCACGAGACUUGUGUCAUCAAAUAUUAUAAAGUAUUCAUGCUUCUGUC